AUGGGGACAAAGACAUCGGAGGCGGGUGAGGCGAAGUGGGAGGUGAACGCCCCACCGGACUCGCCGUUCAUCACGGACCCCGCCUUGGCGGAGGGCCUCGCCAUCCCGAUGGAGUACGUGCGGCGCAUGGAGGAGGCGCAGCGCCUGUACGCGGUGCACGACGCCGAGCAGCAGGCAGUGGCCUACGCCUACAGGCGGGCCGCGUGGACGGUGGGGGUUCAGUGCGGCUGGCUCGGCAUUGGUGUCUGGCUGACGGUGCGGGGGUACAGAUACGCCGACCCCGUCCAGUCAUUUGUGAGCGGAUUCACGUCCAACCGCGUCCUGUGCCGCGCCUUCACCCCAGUUGCGAUGCUGGGGCUGACGAUCACAACAUUGACAGCCUUGCAGAUGCCGUUUGACGUGCGCGUGACACUUGCGGCGAGAAAUGCGCUGGGACUGGAGGAUAUGCGGAAGGUGGAGGCUCUGAAGGAGCGUGCGACGGCGUUUCGCGAGGGCAAGGCAAUAGUAGACCGGCUGAAGGAGGAAGAGCGCCGAGCGUUUGAGGUCGGCAUGGAAGCGGCACAGCAGCCGCCAAAAUGA